AGUCCUGAAGUACAUUUCUUUCCUUCCCAUGGAGAUGCUCUAAGAAAGGCUUUAUUUGUCUGAAUAUUUAAGAAGGCUGCCCCCACAGGCUGAAAUGGUUACAGCAGUACAAACGAAGGAUACUAUGACCGUAACCCAUUUAGAGAUUGCUGUGAGACAUGGAUAGAUGUAAACAUGUGGGGCGGCUACGACUCGCCCAGGAUCAUUCUAUUCUUAAUCCACAAAAGUGGCAUUGCUUGGAUUGUAACACUACAGAAUCUGUUUGGGCUUGUCUCAAAUGCUCCCAUGUGGCCUGUGGACGGUAUAUUGAAGAACAUGCACUGAAACACUUUCAAGAAACAAAGCAUCCAUUAGCCAUGGAGGUCAAUGAACUUUAUGUGUUCUGUUAUCUCUGUGAUGACUAUGUUUUAAAUGAUAAUCCCGAGGGGGAUUUGAAACUGCUGAAGAGCACUCUGACUGCAGUUAGAAGCCAAAAGCAGGGCUCCUCAUCUAGGAGUAGUAGAACAUUGAGGUCUAUGGCUUUGGGGGAGGAGCUGUGCAGUACCUGGCGGAAUGGGUGCGGGCAAUCACAAAUGAUCACAGCUCUGCUGUACAGACGCCAAGCUAUACUUGCAAAAGCUUUAAGGACAUGGUUUAGUAAGAGUUCAAUAGGAAAGUUAAAACUAGAGGAGAGAAGAAAGCAGGAAGAAUUAGAACGCAAAAAGGAAGAAGCUAGGCAGAGGAGACUGGAAGUGAAACGCCGGUUUUUGGAGGAACUGGCAAGCACUCCUCCUAGAAAAAGUGCCAGGUUAUUAACCCAUACUCGUAGAGAAAGUUUUAUACCAAGGAAGUUUAGGGAGAUACCUGAAAAGAAGGUGCUGUCAAGUACCCCUACCUCAAAGCAAACGCCAAGCAGCAAAUUGAAACAGUUUUAUUCAGUCCAGAGGAGACGUACUGUGACCCCUGGUGUGACUGGUUUAAGAAAUUUAGGUAACACAUGUUACAUGAACUCAAUCCUUCAGGUGCUAAGUCACCUGCAAAAAUUUAGAGAAUGUUUUUUGACACUUGACCUUUGUGAAACUGAAGAACUUCUGGCUAAAACAGCAAAUGGAAAGUCCAUUAUUCCUGACAAACUAACUAAUGGAUCCACUGGUAAUGCAUCUGGAAAAGACAGGUUGGGUUCAUAUGGCAAGCACAACAUGCCAUCUAGCUUAAAUGGUGGGUCUUUUAUCAACAAAAGUUUAGAACUCGUACAGCCAAAGGAGCCUAGUUCAAAGCACAUCUCCCUCUGCCAUGAACUGCACACACUUUUUCGAGUGAUGUGGUCAGGCAAGUGGGCACUCGUUUCCCCUUUUGCCAUGCUGCACUCUGUAUGGAGUUUAAUCCCAGCCUUUCGCGGAUAUGACCAGCAAGAUGCUCAGGAAUUUUUGUGUGAGCUGCUUGACAAAGUACAACAGGAGCUAGAGUCUGAAGGAACUAAAAGGCGGAUUCUUAUACCAUUCCCUCAACGGAAGCUCACCAAGCAGGUUUUGAAAGUGGUAAACACAAUCUUCCAUGGCCAGUUGCUCAGCCAGGUAACCUGUGUAACAUGUAAUUACAAGUCAAACACAGUUGAGCCAUUCUGGGACCUGUCCCUUGAGUUCCCAGAGCGUUACCAUUGCUUUGAGAAGAGUACCACAGUGGGUCAUCAUACAGACUGCAAGCUGACUGAAAUGCUGGCAAAGUUUACAGAGACUGAGGCUUUAGAAGGGAGAAUAUAUGCUUGUGAUCGAUGUAACAGUAAACGACGGAAGUCUUCUUCAAAGCCUUUAAUUCUGAGUGAAGCUCAAAAGCAGCUAAUGAUCUACAGACUACCUCAGGUUCUCCGGCUGCACCUUAAGCGAUUCAGGUGGUCUGGACGUAAUCACCGUGAGAAAAUUGGGGUUCAUGUUAUUUUUGACCAGGUGUUAAACAUGGAACCUUACUGCUGCAGGGAUACACACUCCUUUAUUGAUAAAGAAGGUUUCAUUUAUGAUCUUUCUGCUGUGGUAAUGCAUCAUGGGAAAGGGUUUGGCUCAGGACACUACACAGCAUACUGCUACAACACAGAGGGAGGUUUUUGGGUACACUGUAAUGAUUCCAAGCUUAAUGUCUGCAGUGUGGAGGAAGUGUGUAAAACCCAGGCCUACAUCCUUUUCUACACUCAAAGAACGAGACAUGGCAUAGCAGGAAUCUCAGAACAACCCAGUGAAGCUCAGGUGCUGUCUGGGAACAGCAAUGAGAAUAGAAGACUUACAUUCCCUUAAAGGGAAGCCUCCAUAUCUCAACACUGAUUUUCUGCUUGACUUGACUCAACAGGGACCACUAUAAUGCAUUUUUAACCAGUUUUUGUUUAUAAACUUUGCACAGAUCCAUAGUGACUGACUCGCUACAGAGACGGGUGUUCAUGUUUGUCAUCUUGAGGCUUGUGCAACAGAAUCCACUGGGUUCAGUUGUCUUGUUACUUUUAAAAUACUGUUUCUUAGUUGCAGUCCUGUCCUCUAGCAUUAGGAAAAAAAUGUUUAGUAUGAUUUAACAGGAUUGUUAUCACUGCAUAUAGCGGGUUGUUAACCUGAGAAUAUUUUUUUUAGUUAGUUUAAAAAAAAAAAAAAAAAAAAAAAGAGUAUACUGAGCAAUAACACCAUAGCUAGAACACUAGACAAUUUCAUCACGUCAUUUUGUUGUAACGCUACUAAAGCUGAAAGAAAACAUUCUUUAGUAUCGUUGAAGACUUGUGUUUUCAUGUAAAUGUCCCAGUGUUCUGUUGAUGGCUCAGUCUAGUGUUGUCAAGUUUGGGCCUGGUCAGAUCAGUGCCAAUACUCUGUUCUCAGGGCUAUUGCCGGCCGCAUAUUCUGCAUUUAAAUGUUUUUACAAACGCCAUCGUAGCAGUGUACUUUCUGUAAAAAAAAAAAAAAAAAAAAAAAUACAAAAUGCCUAUUUUUCAAAGGUGAAAUGUAAGGAUUUUCAUUUUUUUUUUUUUUAAUUAAAAUAGUGCCUUAGGCACUUUGUAAAUACAUGUGUCGUCGCAUAUUGUAGCAGACCAAGGUUGGUAAGUACUUUAGUCAUGGUCUUUAAGGAAACGCUAAGCUGAUAAAUACCACUCAAGUGUCUUUCUCCUCUGCCAGCAGGUCUGGUGACAUUAGCAACUACACAUGUGUUAUCAGUAUUUACAGCAGUGGAAUCCGGCAUGGUUUUAGUAAUUUUUUUAAGUGCUCACCAGUGGACUUGAAAUUUCCUGACAGACCUUGGACUAAAAGAAAAUAACUGGGAUAUCGACUGUGUGUGUGUGUGGGCUGGGGGCAUGAGGUUUGUGAGUGUGUGUGUGUAGGUAUGUGGCUGUAGGUCGUUUAUUCACUUUGUACUGAUCACUGUUUAAGUAGUCAUUGAUGGUGCAUGUCAGUUAGCAAUAAGUUUAAAUACAUAACUGCAAAACACAGUAUUUGUCAGAGUAACAUCACUGGUGUGCAAAGUUUUGAGGGGUUUGUGCAGACCGUGAUGAUGAGCAAAGAGCAUGAUCACUGUCAAAUGAUCAUGAUAUGGCUUGCUGUAGUGGGGUUGUACUUUUGAGAUUAGACUGCUUUAAUACGUUUCUGUGGCCAUAGUUUUUUUUUUCUGCACUUUUCAUCACAGUUGGACCUCAGUGGUAUACCCAGAAAGUGGUUAUCUUUGGGAGUGCAAGCAGAUGAAUGUGAGUGAAAACGGCAGAUCAUCAAACUGGCUUCCGAGAGUAAAGCAGUUUUUUUGUGCGCAUGCAUGCAUGUCUGCAUUAAACUAGUUGAACUAUAUUGUUUUGGUUAUUAUUUUAUGUUAUUAGAUGUUAAAGAUGUGUGCAACCAAAAUGCAUGUAGUUAUGGUGGGGAUCAAGGCAGAAUGUGUAUGACUGGCCUUUCUUGUCAUGUGAUUAAUUAUGGGUAGGUGUUGGAGGAGGGAGUUGCAUUGUGUGUGUCUGAUAGAAUGCAUUGUGGCUUUUAUUUAUUUAUUUAUUUAUUUUUCUUCAUGAUCACACAUUUAAUCUGAUGCAUGUCCACAAUCAGAAUUUAACCUUUUGGUGGGGAUGGAGGCAGUCUGUUGAUUAAAGUGACUCAUUCCCCCUGUUUGAUCGCAGUUGUCUGUUUGGAGAAGCAGUGUUGCUUUGUGUGGAAGGAGGGUGUGGGAGUGUACAUGAAUGCAGUAUCAACCUGGUGUGGGAGUGUACAUGAAUGCAGUAUCAACCUGAUUUGUGUAUAAAGUUUAGGUCAUCUCUCCUUAGUUUAGUGGGUAAACCCUGCCUUAUAGCUGUGACAGAUUGUGGGCACAAGAGAGCGGAAACAUUUUUGUGAUAAAUAGUGACAUAGUGAAGACAAGGCCCAUUGUAAUUUUCUGACUGACACACAAUUAGAAUUUAACAGCACCACCUUCCAGAUUUCAUGAAAAUAUACUUAAUUUUCCUUU